AUGGCUGGUGGAUUUAAUGUAGAGAGUGAGAGAAAGAAUGGAGUCAAAGAUGGCUUCCAGGUUUGGGACCUGGAUAUGUUCACAUCUGAGAUGGUGAAAACUUUGGAAGAGCAAAUUCUGGGGUGGGAAUUGAGACUUUGGUUUUGGCCAUGGGAAGAAGGGCAGAGCCCGAGCAGGAGGCUCGCUCGCAGGCCAGGGCCGGCCCUGCGCGCUCGGACCGGGGCUGCUGAGCCGGCUCUGCAGUCGCAGCCCCGCUUCAGGCUGACCUCGGACCUCCCGGGCUCCCCAGGGCCCUUGGCCUGCUCCCGGUCGGCUUGGGAAUUCCCUGCUCCGCGGGGACCGCUAGGGGGAGCCCGGGCUCCGCGCCGCCCACCCGGGAGGCGACGCCCCUCGGGAGGAAGUGCCCGGAGCUGUGGCGGGGCCUGCCGGGAGCGCGCGCGGCGGGGCCGCGGCCUCGGCGCCCGCCACCUCCCCCGCCAGGCGGUCCCCGGCCGUUUCCCCGCCCCGCGCGGGCCGCGAGCGGCGACGGGUUCCGGGUCCUGUGACCCCAUCAGGCGGUGUCCCGGGGAACCCGGCGCGGGGCCGGAGCUCGUCGGAGGGGACCCGGGCCGGGGGGCGGCCGCCGUGCCCGAGAUCCGCGAACACCUUUUCAAGGUGCUGGUCAUCGGCGAGCUCGGCGUGGGCAAGACGAGCAUCAUCAAGCGCUACGUGCACCAGCUCUUCUCCCAGCACUACCGGGCCACCAUCGGGGUGGACUUUGCCCUCAAGGUCCUCAACUGGGACAGCGGGACGCUGGUGCGCCUGCAGCUGUGGGACAUCGCGGGGCAGGAGCGGUUUGGCAACAUGACCCGAGUAUACUACAAAGAAGCUGUUGGUGCUUUUGUCGUCUUUGAUCUAUCGAGAGGUUCCACAUUUGAGGCAGUCUUAAAAUGGAAAAGUGAUCUGGAUAGUAAAGUGCACCUUCCCGAUGGCGGCCCUAUUCCUGCUGUUCUCUUAGCUAACAAAUGUGACCAGAAAAAGGAUGGUGGCCAAAAUCCUUCCCAGAUGGACCAGUUCUGCAAAGAACAUGGCUUCAGUGGAUGGUUUGAAACCUCCGCAAAGGAUAACAUCAACAUAGAUGAAGCAGCCCGGUUCCUAGUGAAGAAUAUUCUUGCGAACCACCAAAGCUUUCCCAGCGAAGAAACCGAUUUGGACACAAUUAAACUGGAACAGGAGCCCUUGACAGCGGAGAGCAAACCCCAGUGCUGCUGACUUGGCAUCGGCUUCUCUCUGGUGCUCGUGUGUGCCGAGUGCAGCCUGACUCGACUUCUCCAUGCGGAGCGAAUUCCUGAGAGUGGAUUAAGGGGGCAGAGGUGCUGCUCUGUGACUCUUCCCAGUACUGGGCUUUAAAAUGACAAUGACAGCACCUCUGGAGCCUAACGUGACCAUUGGGUGAAGUAGUCCUGCUAGUGGCUCUCCACUUUAGAUUGAACACUUAGGCUUCUGCUGUCAUUGCUGCCACCAUAUUCAGGAUAAUGUUUACAGCCUUUCUAACAUCUCUUAAACUGACAGUGCUCUGGUUUGGUAAGGUUUCCAAGUUGGAGCUUUUAGUGUGAGCACUAGGGUGGUAGUCUUACCGUAAGUGGAUGAGUCUGUAUUUCUGUAUUCCAUCUUCACUUUUGAGGAAGGCUUUUAGACUGUUAGCCACAGAAGGCUUAAAGUUCCUGUUUAGCAAUUUUUUUUCUCAAAACUUUAAUACUUUAUGUAUAGUUGUUAUCCUUAGAUAUUAUACUUUGACUAGGCUCAGCUACUGUGGUGUCUGGUUAUUUCUCUUAAACACGUGAAAAUGUCCUUCCUAAUGACUCGAGAAGCACUCACACCACCCUAGAAUCCUGGAUCUGGUUGCUGUCAGUUGGAAACAAUAUAAAUGAACGUUUCUUCUCUCUCUAGUACCUUCCGUCUUUCCCCUGUGUGUUUACCUUUCUGACUGAGGGCCUGAUUGGUAUCGCUGUUGUCAUUCUCUCUAACUGGAACUGGUCCUUUCAAAUCUAUAACAGUCAUGGUCAAGGAGAGAAUUUAUUUCAAAGCACACGCAAUUAAAUUCGAGGUUCUAUAGUAUGAAUUAUGAAAGUAACGAGGACGUGGGGUUUUAUAUAGAGUUUUGGACAUUUACAAUACAAUACAUGAGAAACUUAAGUCUGGUUCACAAUACUUGUAUUACCAUUGAAUCCAAUUAAGUACAGAAUAAAUAUUUUGACUGAAA